GCAAAAAUAGCUAACAAGAGUCCAACAAGCAACGCAAAAAGUGUUUUGAGAAGUGUUAACUACUGAUUACGGGCUGGAAAAUCAAAAUAAAGUGUGUCGCAGUAAUGUACGUGGUCAUACGCGUGCAGUGAAUCAUCCGGGCGGUGCUGCGCCAGUAAGCUAAACAACAAAAACCGCGCGUAACCAAGUAAAGGGCACGCAGGCACGAACGGGCUACUAUUGUGGCCAGCAGACGUAGGAGAAUAAGGAGUUAUGCACCUGGCAGCUUAUCAGCGAACCUGUAAAAGUGGCGAUUGUCAGCGAUAAUUUGAGUUUUGAGCGCUAUUUCCUCCAAAAGAUGCAGCAAGUAGACGAUCCCCCUUAUUUGACUGUAGGGACGGAAGUAAGCGCCAAAUACAAGGGGGCAUUUUGCGAGGCCAAAGUACGCAAGGUGGUCCGCAACAUCAAAUGCAAGGUCGCGUACAAACAGCAAGGCCUCGGCUCCGGUGUUGUUUCCGACGACCAGAUCAAGGGCGCGUUGCGUGUAGGCGCCAUGGUCGAGGUGAAGCAUCCGGAGCGAAAAGAGUACGUCGAGGCGACGCUGACGAAGAUCCAGGACUGCUCGCAGUACACGGUCGUGUUCGACGAUGGAGACAUUACGACGCUCCGUCGUAGUGCGCUCUGUCUGAAGAGCGGGCGACACUUUAACGAAAGUGAAACGCUGGACCAACUACCGUUAACGCAUCCGGAGCACUUUGGAAAUCCCGUCAUCGGUGGCAGAAGGGGAAGAAGAUCACGUCAUUUGCUUGCCGACGACAGCUCCGAUGAAGACGAUGAACCAGCCACCCAUUCCCGGACGAACACGGGAGGCGAUAAGGAGGAAAAUAUCGGCAAGGUAGUAUGCGUUGAGACGACCGAUAAUAAGAAGAAAAACCCGAAGGAGAACUGGUUCCCGGGGCUGGUGGUAGCUCCGACGGCCCAGGACACGGUGCGCAUUCGCGUAAAGGAUGAGUACCUGGUGCGGUCGUUCAAGGACGGCCGGUACUAUACCGUGCCGAAGAAGGAGGCGGCCGAGUUUACGCGCGACAGUGUCAACAAGUCGGAGGCGGCCGCCGUGUCCGCUGCCAUCGAAUACAUGGACAGUGACGUGCUGCCACCACACUGGGACCGGGAAGCACUGUUCGGGAUGGCCGGCAGCUGUAGCGACUCCGACCAGGAGCUAGAAACGGACAGCUCGGACGACGAACCGACGGAGGAAAAGGAUCACUUUGUGGCCCAGCUAUACAAAUUUAUGGACGAUCGUGGGACGCCCCUGAACAAAGUGCCAUCUAUCAUCAACCGCGAUGUGAACCUUUACCGGUUAUUCCGAGCGGUGCAGAAGUUGCACGGCUACAAUCGGGUGACCAGUCAAAAUCAGUGGAAGCAGAUUGCGCUCCGGCUUGGUUUUUCGCCCGCCACAGCCAGCAUCACGAACCUGGUGAAGCAAGCGUACAAAAAGUUUCUGUUCUCGUUCGAGGAGUUUAACCGGAAGCUCGGCUGCACCAUGGUGCCACAUCCGAAAACGAGCCGCUCGAAGGGCCGCAGCUUGGUCCGGGCCAGCUCGGUGCAGUCGCCAAAGUUGCCGGAGAAAGAGAAGCUGCUCACGGCCAGGGAACGGGCCGCGGCGGCUGCGGCAAGCAACGCGGCGCUGAGUUCGGCGGCUGACGCAACCAACUCGGCGGUAGAUGAGUCGGGCAAUACGAGCGAAUCGAGUGCGGCCGAAAGUAGUACCGCGCUGCGACCUGCAGCAAGCAAGCGCAAGAUAGUAGGCGGUGGAAAGGUUAAAGCUCUGGUGGACAAGUUCGAAGAGAAGGAAAAAGAACGGGAAAAGGAAAAGACUCCUAGCUCCAAGGCGCCAACCACAACCAGUGCCGGUGACAGUAGCGGUUCUGGUGGAAAUAGUGGUAGCAGCGGUAGAAAGGACGACGGGGCUCCAAGCUCCACCACUGUCACCACGCCCGUUUCGGCUAAGAAGGAUAAACUCAUCGGCAGGGGCAAGACGUCAGCGGACACGGUCGAAAGGCGUGGUCGGAAGCGCAAAGAUGCCGAUUCGCUGGAUUCUAAGAAGGACGAGCGUGAGGGCAGUACGGGCGGUGGUGGUGGUAGUGGAAGUGGCAGCACCGGAACUGGUGGCAGUGUGAAGCAGGAAAAACAUACCUCGCAGGGUGGCGGUCCGCACGGAGGGAGUGGCAGUGGCAACAGCAGUGGUGGUGACCGAGGAUCGGGCAACGGAUCGGGACCCGGGGCUGGCGGUGGUAGAAGGCAGAGUGUUAGUCCUGCCAGUGGGACGGUGCCCGAUUUCCCCAUCGAAGUAGGCGACAAGCUGAAGGUUUACUAUGACGAGCAGAAGGUGACGUACGAGGCGAAAGUGAUAGAAAUCGCCAAUCAGGAGGGAAACCCAAUCUAUUUGGUCCAUUACACCGGUUGGAAUACAAGGUACGAUGAGUGGGUACGCAAGGAACGCAUUGCGGAAAACUUGACAAACAGUAAACAAACGAAGAAAGGCAAAUCUUCGUCCAACACCCCUACUGCGUCGACGAAAGCGUCGUCCUCCGCCGUCGCAUCGACACCAGGUUCGGGUGACCCGAAAACCCCGAAGGUUGGCAAACGUAGUCGCGGCAACUCGAAGGGUGAUGGACCCGGCACUACACCCCGCUCCACGACGCCGAACGUGGGCCGUACAAAGUCCCCGGCAACACAGUCCAACCGACGACCGCUGACCAGAGGCGGUUCGUCGGCAGUCACCGGUUCCGGCUCGCUUUCUGCCGCUGCCGCGGCCUCUUCCUCCACCGCCGGGCGGCGCACGUCAAACAAUACGGACAUUUCGUCGUCGCUCUCCGUGCCGACCGAUCCGGACAACACGAGCGACACCGACUCCGACGAACCGAUGAUGAAAAAGUGCACCACCAACAGCUCCUCGUCGACCACUUCGUCCAACUCGUCGAUCUCGAUGUCGUCGACGAGCACGAAAGUAAGUACCACCGCCGAGGCCGGCUCGUCAUCCGAUGCCGCGGCGAUAUCGGACGAGUUCUCCAACGGAGCAACCAAGGGUGCUGGUGGUGGUGGUGGUGUUGGUGGUCGUGACUAUGAUCUCAAUCAAAUCCGCUCCGAACUGAAGGGCUUCAAGGAGCUAAAAUCGCCUGGUUCACCGGCGUCCGAUACGACCACGACGACCACGACGACAACAACGACCGCAGCCGGUGAGGGACUCGGGCCCUCCUCCACCACCAACCCGUCCGACAUUCCAAAACACAUCAUCCUGAAGCGCGAACCGACCGCCGCCGGUAUCAUCGCCAUUCCGUCGGCCGGCUCCGAGGGUUCACUAGGCGACGCGGGCGAUGCAAAGGCAGCCGCAACCACCACCACCACCAUCACGGUGGUAAAGAAGGAGCAUACGCCGGUCGUGGUGAAGGAGGAAGAAUCGACCGUCACCGAGGAAGAGGAAGAACCGGAAAAAUCAUCCGAAUCGGAAACGCUCAGCGAGGAGGAUUCUUCCCAGUCGUCGAACAAGGCGUUCUCCAGCUCGCCCAUCACCACCAUGGUUGACUCGGAUACGGCCGAAACGCCACUGUUGGCGACGGCCAUCGUGCCCACGCCGAAAGUGUCCCCCGAUGCGGCGGCGGGUGAACGGGAUGAUUCUUCCUCCGCUGAACCGCUGGCAACGACGGCGGCACCGGAGACAAAGCUGCCGGGUGUUGUGAAAAAGGAACCGACGGAUGUGCCGGAAAUGGCUGAGAAGCAAUCGCCUUCGGCAGCCGCGGGCUCGAAGCCGCCGAUCAAAACGUACGGCACGGCGGCCACCAUCAUUGCCAAUUCGGAAAAGAUGGCUUUCUGCUGCCUACGGGACGUUACGCCGGAAGGUGAUGUGAAACCGGGGUCGGGUUCGCAGAAAGAACUUGCUGCUGAUACGGUGGUGAAGAUGGGUACAACUAUUUCCCCGACGGUCUCCCAAUCCGUCGUCGCCACCCCACAAACCCCAUCGUCGUGGUCGGUUAAGAGAGAGAUGUCCGAAGAGAAAUCUUCACCACCGAGCGCCAACUUGACCGCCCGCAGUACGACAACGGCGGUUCCCUCGACUCCGGGUAAAGCUUGCAGCAGUUUUUCAGCCAUCAAAGAGGAACAAGUGUCACCUCUACAGAGUGUCAUAGCAGGCGGGACGGGAAAAGCAAUAAAAUCCCCGAAAUCUCCCAUGGUAACGCCAGUGGCAACAACGUCGAACGAUACCACCCUCACAACGCCGAUGGCCAAGGGCAGCUCGAGCACUCUACUUUCUCCCAGUCCAAGUGUCGUUUCAGUGUGCAACACCGUCACACCGACACCGACCACUCUGUCCACCUCUAGCGCGUUCGGAAUGUUACGAGCCGAGAGGAAGCAAUCGAACCCCGGGCCAACGGCGCCAAUGGGUGGUGAGAAAAAAAUCACCCUUGGCCGCGAAGGUCUGUCCGCGUUUUCUUCCGCCACCACCUCGCUGACGGGCGGGACAGCUCCUCCAUCGUCGACGUUGAAACAUGGCGCCACACCAGGAGGCGGCGGUCUCCUGCUCGGUGAAAAGAAGCACUUCUCCUCAUCGCCUCUGACUGCGGCUCAAAACAAACUACUCAGCAAGGAAGCGCUCUCAAUCAAGUCGAUCUUUGAGUCGACUGCAAACCGAAUGGAUGAGAAGAUUUCGGAUAUUUAUGAGUUCGAAGAUGAGUACGACGAUCAUGAUAUCGGCGGUGGAGCCGUGACCGGUACUGGUGGUGGUGGUGGUGGCGGUGGCGGUGGUGGUGGAGUUUCCGUUGGAACGUCGGGAGUGCCGCGAAAGCUUGUCUCGGACGUGCCCCCAGCGGAGGUGGUCACGGCAUCAUCAUCCUCCGUUGGAGGACCAGCACUGGAGGACAAGCGUAAAAAGGUGAUGCAACGGAAAUCACUGACCGAUCCACUCGAUGCAACCACGGCUGGUGGCGGUCCUAAGAGGAACAAAAAAAUGUCCCCGAUGAAGUCGCAAGAUGGCAGCGCCGAUAGUAAACCGCUCCGGUUCAGUGGAAUGAUUCGCCGAGACACGCAGGCAAAGGAAAAAGAUGAGCAGACAAAGGAGAAACAGGUUGUGAGUGCUGUUGGUGACUCCGGUAGUGACACUUCUAGUACAAAACUUCCGAUCGUCGGAGAAAAAGUUCCAUCUGCGAAACUCGCCCCGGUAUCGGCAUCGCCCGGCGCCGCUUCCUCGAGUACGGUACUGACGGCAUCAGCCACUCCGCUUUCGACUCCGAUCAAGAACGACUCCACGUUUGAUGUCCUACGGAAGUCUCCCAGCUUCAACUUGGUCACGACGCCCGGGUCGAAGGAAGAAUCUUCCAAAUCGAUGGACGAAGGUGAACCGAAGCCACCGCCGCUGAUCACCGCAACGGCACCGGGUGUUUUCACGCCCGUUAUUUCCACGGCGACACUCGCAGCCGCCGCCGGUGCGGGUGGCGAUCGGUCUUCGUCGAUGCUGCACGGAUCCGGCCACGCCAUCGGGCCAUCGUCGUCCGUGCUGCUAGCGAUGGCGGGCGAUGGUGACAAGGUGAAAGAGGAACCGACGCUGGAGAACUGCAAGAAGUACUUUAACGAUAUGAACUUCGAGUUUGACGCUCCGACGGUGAAGAAACCUCCCUCGAUAGCGGACAAAGUGUUGAAAGCACUUAGUCAACAGCAGCAGCAGCAGCAGCAGCAGCAGCAACAACAGCAACAGCAAGCACAACAAACGGUAAAGUCGGAAAAGCUUGACUUCCCCAAGUACAUGACCAGCUCGAUGCAUCAUCAUCCGAUCAACAAACCGAUACCGACGACGGUGGCUACGGUUUUAGGAAGCAGCAGCUCGUCCGUCUCCGUUGCGUCCAGUACAAUGGACGGGAGUACGUCAACGGUAGGCGCUCAUAUUGUAUCGUCACCUUCGUCGACCUUAGGUACGGAACAAUCCAGCAGCACCAGCGUAGGAAGCACAAGUUCAGUGUCAUAUGCGUUGUUGAAGCAAUCCCCCAGCAUUGGAAGCGAUCCGGCUCAACCUGGGAAGACUACCGAAAGCUCCAACGUCCCAGCUGCGAUUCGGAGAGAUGUGCUGGUAUCUCCACUCAAACCACCUGUGAAACCACUGUUCCAAACGAUCGGUCUGGAGAGAAAGCUGGUUGAAGGUAAUGCUCUUCCACAGCAGCAGCAGCCGACCACCGCUUCUUCGCAGGGACAACAGCAGGGAGGACUGCUGCAAUCGUCUCCAUCGGCAACCCCCGGUGGCCACAAGCACCUGCUGGAGCAGAUUCCUCCCGCCCGAAGCAAUGAUCUCACGGAAUCGAUCCGAAAACUGGAUCCAGACACGGGUUUCAUCCACGACGACGAGUCCACCGACAGCAACGACUCCGAACAUCGGUUAAUUAUUGAGGAUGCGGAAUCGCAGGGCAGUGGUGAUCCCGUCGGUGGUGUGGUGCCGAUGUCGGUUGCGGCUUCGCCAGCAUCGGCGACGCAGGCCACCACGGUGGUCCACGGCAGCAUCACUAGCAGUGCAGUGGUUACGGCAGGAGCGACGGCAGUGAUCGUUCACUACGAUACCACCAAGCCGACAGUUUCGUCAUCACCGGGCACGGCCAUGGUUGUUACCGCGAAGAAGGAACUGUUCGAGGACAAACCACCACCACGCUCUGCCGCGUCUAUUGCGCACGAGAUGGCAUCGGCCGCUUCGGCUGCGGCUGUUGCAGCGGUGGCCGAAAAAGAGAAGCUCGUUCUAAAACAAGAACCACCGCCGGUGUCUUCCACCAUGCAAACGAAAGAGGAGCAAACGAAAGGAACCAUCAUGGGGAUGGAGAGGAAAACAACCCCCAUCGGUGCGGGUAGUGUAAAGCAAAGUCUUCUGGAGACGAUCAUACAGAUGAAUCCGGCACCCCGUGGACUCGGCUCCGAGGACUGUCUGAUGCUGAAGGAGAACGAGCAGCGACGGAAUGCGGAACUGAUGGAAUCCUCUCGGCGCGAGCAGCAUGAAGCAGUGAGCACAUCCGAUCAAAGCGGUUCCGUUUCCACCUCCGUCAUAACCUCCACCGGAACAAACGAAGGGACAAACACCGGCCAGCCCGCGUCGUCGGUGGAAGACAAAACGACUCCGCAACCCAACCAAUCGCAGCAACAGGCGGCCAACAACGAGUCACUUUCGCUGCUGCUCUGCGAGGAAACGAUUCCGGGCUCGCCGGCACCGAAAGAUCACGAUCGACCACCGCCGACCACUGUCGGACGUAAGGUUUACGCCGAGCCGCCGCUUGGUUCCGCCUUUCUGCCGCCACAGAACAUUCAAACCGCCACCGAUCUCAAGCAGGUUCCGAUGGAUCUCGAACCACCGAUCGUAACGAUCACGAUCGGUGGCAAUACGACCAUCAGCAGCAGCAGCAACAGCAGCAGUAGUUCCUCGAACCAAGGAGGUGUUGGUGGUGGACCGUUCGGUGCUGCGGGAGGGCGACUAUCCGGAAAGGUCGGUUCCGGUGGUGCCGAGUCGGCCGUCGAUACCCCGAACAGCUCUCCGAGAGAUUCCGUUAGUCAGGAUGAAACACACGAUCAAGAAUCAUUGUCACCGAAUAAGAAACGCCGUCCGCGGAAGCCAAGCGAAGAACCGACACUCAAGCGGCGUCGGACAGUCAAUACCAGCCUGCAGGGAGGAGGAUACAGUAGUGCAAACAAUGGUUCUAGCAGCGGCUACGGCCGUAGCCAGAGAGGAAUGACGACCAAUAAUGCAACCGACAGUGAGGACAAUUCGGACACGGUGGCCGCGUUCCAUCGUUCAUCCUCCUCGUCCAUGCUCGUGCCCGGCGUUGGAAAGUCGGGUCCGCCCUGUCAGUACAAUUUCCUCGUCAAUCUGGAUCCGACUUUGAACAACAACCAGCGGGUGGCAAUACUCAGGAAGAAAAUUCAAGAGCUUCGGAAAACGUACAACGCCAUCAAGGCGGAGCUGGUGAGCAUCGACCGGCGGAGAAAGAAGCUGCGCCGGCGCGAGCGGGAAAACAAGAAGCAAGCAAAGCUGAGCAGCGCCGGUGCAUGCAACAACUAAUUUGUUUUACCUCUUGUUUUAGAUUAAUUUUUUUUUCAUCUGUCGAUGGUUUUUAGACAAUUGAUUCUGCUAGUAAUGCACAUUAGGAAAUAGGGCGAAAGUCAGUCAUAAGAAAGUGUGUAUAGUGGGGGAGUAGAUUUUAGAGGCACUUUUUUGUUUGUUUAAAAAAAUCAACGAUAUUUUCUCUAUCCAGUCAUUCAUACUACAUACAUAAAAUAGUAAUAGCGAAGAAAGGAGAAUUAUGUUGCUGUACAGCUGAUAUUUUUAUCUUGUUUUACUCACCCUCAUCCGUUUGAGUAUUAUGAUUAUUCUUGUUUUACUCAUCCUCACCCGUUUGAUAAUUAUGAUUAUGAUUAUUAUUUCUUUGCAGAACUUUACUUAAGUGAAAUAUAUGUGAAAAUUUAUUCUAAGCAAAAUGUUUGUGCACAACUCAUCACCCAUCCUCAUUAGCAUUAGGUAGAACCGUUUAGGUGUGCUCUUUGUGCGAAGCAUAUACUUUUCACCUAAAAGCAGCUGUAAGAAGUUAAUCAUAGUGGUGUGCA